AUGAAAAGAGUGGCCAUCGUUGGAGCUGGGCCCUGUGGCUUAGUAGCAUUGAAAGAGAUGCUGCAAGCAGGUCUCGACGCAACCAUAUAUGAAAGUUCCAAUCAGCUGGGUGGUCUGUUCGCCACAGCAAUGGCUUAUCCGAACCUCCACCUCACGAUCUCCAACAGGGCGAUGGCUUUCUCGGACUUUCCUGAUCCAUCUCGCAUGCGAUGUUCCACGGCCAGGGAUUAUUUGCUAUAUCUGCAAGAUUAUGCUCGCCAUUUCGAUCUCGAACGUCAUAUCAGGUAUCGCUCGGAAGUUUGUAAGGCCACUCGCGGAGACGAUAAACAAUGGAAUCUGUCGAUCAAGCAGACAAGAGACGAUGAGAACGAUGAAUCCAUCAUUCAAUUGCAGGCAGACGCCCUUAUUGUUGCAACAGGGGGUAGCCAAGUUCCGAAUGAUGUACCUUCACAGCUGGCGGGAUUCGAGGGCAAGAUUAUCCAUUCCAACGCGUACGACAAAUAUUUUAUGCGGGAAGUCGCGGAAAAGAAGCUUAGGGUCCUGAUCGUAGGAGGCGGCGAAAGCGGUGCCGAUAUCUCAGCAGACCUUUGUGAGUUGUCGCCUAAUCUGACGGUUUGGUUGCGACGUCCACCCUGUGUGGCCAUUCGCUACCUUAACAGGCUUGAUGAGAUGCAACAAAUGAGAGCCAACCAAACCGUGGACUUCCCGGUCAGCAUCUUCCUCGAAGCCAUCACUACAAAUCGCCUGGGUGCAGCACAAAACGUUUAUCUUUAUAGCUUGUUCCGUCGUGCCGUCUUCUAUAAUGGCCUAAUCAUGUCCACAAGAGAGCGCUGGUUUUUGGAAAGGUUGGCAACGGCGUUCCUCCGCAGUGAUCAAUCCACAGUUAUCACGAAAAGUUCGCGAAUGUGUCAGGCUUUAGACAAAGAGAAAUUAGAAGCAUUAAUAACCCCGUUUGUCUCUGUUAGUGGGCGGACCUGUGAAUUUAGCCUUCCAGAUGGGACAAGGCAACGGCGCGAGUUUGAUGCCAUCUUGCUUUGUCAUGGCUUCCGAUUGGAAUUUCCUUGGCUUCAGCUCCCUGACGGUAUUCCCUUCUCGCCUAACCCACGAUCAUGGUUCCUGCAUUGCUUCCCCGAGGAGCUGGGCGACUGUCUUUUCUUUUUGGGCUAUGCACGGCCUGGCCAGGGAGGCAUUCCUCCUGCUGCCGAGAUGCUGAGCCGAUAUAUCGCAUUGUUACUGCGUGACGAAAGACAGCUUCCCGCUGAUUAUGCAGAACAGGCACGAAAAGAUGAGGCCGCUGAGCGUGAGUAUUACUAUAUCAGCCCCGAAGUCAAUUCGCUGGUUGAUUAUAAUGCGUUCAUGGAAAGUGUGGCACGAAGGAUAGGGUGUGAGGCCCGAAUGCCGCUUUCCUGCGUGAUCUUUUUCAAUCUUCAUAUCCUAACCGUUGCUAUUAUGGCCCUUCGCUGGUUCUCGAAAACAUUGAUCCCAUUCGGUAUUUCGACUUUGCUGAUGCUGUGGGUUGGAACAGCCAUCGGACUAUGCAUGCUUCAUGAUGGACUCAUCCUCAAGUGGUGGCUGUAUCCCCACUGGGGCGUAUGGUACCGCUACCGUGGCCCGGGUGCCAAUCCUGCCCUACUCACUGCGCUUCUGACUCGGCUGAGCCUGCGGCAAUCGAUUGCCUUGAACCCAAUAUACAUUACCUACCUCGUAUGGUUCAUCUUAUCGACCUAUAUUCAGCGCCUGCUCUUGAUAUACCUGUUUGUGCCCAGUGCGGUACUAUCUGCAUUGGGUGUGCGUUUCCCGGAAGGGUGGGGAGGCCUGCUACGCCCAAAACUUUUUGUUUUGCACAGCUGCGAAUGGCGUUUCUCUGACCUCUUCCUUCCAUAA